AUGUCUCAAACACAAACCCGAAGAGGGAAAAAAAAAGAAGAAAACAAGAAGAAGACUUUGCCAGUCGAAAACAACUUGAAGGAGGUGGAGUCAGAUAUCGAAGUUGAAGAGGUUCGAGGCGGUUCUUGUGGAACCAUGGAAAAAUUCAAGUCGGACUUGAACCAGCUAAAGGGAGAGAACCGGCUCCUCAAAGAGGAGAUUCGUCUCCUUAAGGAAGAGAACAGACUACUAAAACAGGAGCGGGAUCUCCUAAAGGAGAAGUCUCGUUCCUCUGAGGCCGGUUCACAGAAAAGGAGCCAUGACCUUGGUGAGUCCUCCGACUCCUCUGAGCCUGAGUCCUCCUUUGAAACAAAGAAGGCUGCCAAGAAGAGAAGAAGGAAGCCAGCAUCGUCAUCAUCAUCAGAUGAGGACUCCCCAAAGAAAAAGCCAAAGAAGGCUUCAUUUGGAAAGCGAGUCAGUAGCCCAGAGGAUGUGGUCCACCGCUAUAAGAAGUUGGUGAGGAUGUACAAGAGGACCAGGAGCAUCCCAGAAACCUGUAGGGCCUUUGACUUGGACCGCAACACCAUCGCGGGGACUGCGGUCAUCGCAGAUGUCCUCAUUGCCGGAGAGGGUGGGGGGUGGGGAGAGCUGCCCAUAAUUGCUGAAAAGCAGAGUUUGGCUAGCUUUGCCAAAGUAUGCAAGGCAUUUUUGGAUGCAAACCCCACCCUAAAGGAGAAAGUGGAUAAGAUGAGGAAGGCCAAUGAGCUGCUCACCAUCAAAUACAAAUUUCAGAAAUGA